CUGGUCAAGCAGAAGAUUCACCCCACGUCGGUCAUCAGCGGCUAUCGCCUGGCUUGCAAGGAGGCGGUGCGUUACAUCAACGAGAACCUCACCAUCGGAACAGAUGACUUGGGCAGGGAGUGCUUGCUCAACGCGGCGAAGACCUCCAUGUCCUCCAAGAUCAUUGGAGUUGACGCCGACUUCUUCGCCAACAUAGUGGUGGACGCCACCCUGGCCGUGAAGUUUGUGGACGGCAAGGGAAUGGCCAAAUACCCCAUCAACUCCGUCAAUGUGCUGAAAGCGCACGGUCGCAGCCAGAAGGAGAGCUUCUUGGUCAACGGCUACGCGCUCAACUGCACGGUGGGCUCGCAAGGUACGUCGCUUCCGGAACAUUACAGAAUCGAAAGCCCCAUUUCCCAUUUUUAUUUGCUGCCGUGUCUUUUGCCAUGACGUUGGCAGUGAUAC